AUGCGAUAUAUCAUUACACAUCUCUUUUGCGUACCACAGACGCCAAUCACUAGAUACUCGAGGUACAGUCUCAAGGCAACACGUUUAUUCUCAAGUACUAGGACCUUAACAAAGUCAUCAUCUUCAUCAAAUCGAUGGACCAAUAGACAAGCCAAUGACUUUUAUACCCGUAAGGCAAAGCACGAGAACCUAAAAUCGCGUGCAGCUUUUAAACUUUUACAAAUUGAUGAGAAGUUUGGUAUAUUCAGCAAAUGCAAGAGUAAACGGAAGAUGCCUUUGAACGUACUCGAUUUAGGAGCAGCGCCAGGUGCAUGGAAUCAAGUUGCACUUGAACGGUGCCCCGCCAAGUCUAAGAUUCUAGGUGUUGAUUUGCUACCAUACCAGCCUCCAUCGGGGGCGUCGGCAUUACAGGGGAAUAUUCUAAGUAAGGCAACCCAUGAGCGUAUUAAAGAUUUCUUUACAUUAUCAGCGUUAGAGAAAAAUGAUCAGCUAUUCAAUGAUGUUGAGAUUUUAUCCAAAAACGGAAAUAAACUAGAAGAUAUUGAGUAUAGUUCAAUAGUAGCUAAAGAAGUAGAAAUGGGUCAACUUAUGGAUGAUGCGAAAUUGAAAAGAGAUGCAAAUGAUAUAAAGUUCCAAUACCCUGUUGAUGUCAUAUUAAGUGAUAUGAUGGCCAACACAUCUGGUUUGGCAUUUAGGGAUCACAUGAUGUCAAUGGACCUAUGUGAUGCCGCACUAGUUACAGCAGUCGACCUAUUGAAAAAGGACGGCUCUUUGGUCAUAAAAUUCUUUACCGGUAAAGAAGACAAUCUGUUAGAAAAGAGACUUCACAGGGUGUUCAAGAAUGUCGAAAGGUUCAAACCGAGAGCAUGUAGAAUGGAAUCCAAAGAGUGCUAUUUUGUAUGCUUAGGGAAACGUGACUAUUUUGUAGACAAAGUUCACCUCUUCGCAAUCACCUGA